AACUUCAGUCAUAUUCCGUACAUGGCUCAAGUUCUUCGUUUCCUACAUUUCCCCGUUUGCAAAAUGAUCGUCUUAAUUAUAAUUAAUUUUUUUUCAACGUUAUUAGUUUUAUGUUAAUUAAAUUAAAGUUAAAAUUAAAUAUUAAAUUUAUUUCUUUAUUAACUUUGCAUUUUGCUUUGUUAUCGCGUGUAAACAAACGAAAUAUCUUCAACCCACAAAAAAACACAAUGAGCAUUAGCGAUGAGAGCUUUCCCGAUGAUGAUCUCUACACAACCAAGAUCAAUAAUAAUUGCAAAUGUAACGUUUCAUCAAGUCUUUCUUCAUCCCCACUAAAUGAUCGCAAUCUAUCAGCAUCAACUUCUGGACAAUCGUCUUCCGGUCAUAGCCGCGAGACAACUCAAAGUGUUCCUGUAAAGGUUCCCGAACGUCACGAUGAAGAAGACUAUCCACACAAAGUGCGAUCAUAUCAAGAUCUGCACUCAGCCUAUACAAAACGAAGAUAUCCCCAUGUUAAGAGUAAAGUUCGAGAAUUCAUUGAAAGCCAAAAAGCUGAAGAGGAGUUAAGAAAAUCGACUAGAGACUAUCUUCGUCGUUUUUCUACUCCAAAUGCCAAAGAUGAUACCAACAAUAAGUUGGACUUUGAUGGAACCGAAAACCAUCCAGAAACCGAAGAAGACCCAUCUGACAUCGCCAAGUUUAUGGUCGAAAAGGAACAAGAGGUGGUUUGCUUGAAAGCACUCAAUGAAUACUUGCAGGAAAGUCUUCAGGAGAAGAUGAUCGAGGCAACAAGGCUACGUCGGAAUGUCGACUGUUUGCGUGUAGAGCUGUUAAAUGCUAAAGACAAGGCUAAACGCCACUCGAUGCACAGCGUUGGCAUGGAAUAUCGUGCUAAUCAAUCACGCCCCAGACUGUCAUUACCAACUUUGGUCUACAAACAGCAGCGAACCACAACUGCAACUCAAACUGAUUUCGAGCUGUAUGAAGCUCCACCAACAACCGAUGACAAUAAUAACAAUAGUAUCGGGCUCUACGAUCAAAAAAUCGUCGCAACUGUUCAGCCAUUGCCACUCAAUUAUUCCAACGAUCAUUUGGGUCACAUUCAACGACAAAUUCGUCGUCGGAAUAAUUCGAAUCCCCCUACACCCACGGCAGAGCAUCAAUCCACACCGAAUCGAGUGGACAGUGCUCCGAGUGAUUCAGCUAUCGACACCGAGGAGGGUGAUGACUCCUCAUCAGAAAAUGCUCUCCGUGAGGAAUUUAUGUUAUUCGAAAAGAUCAAUCCCAAUGAUACCACCAACUUUGCCAAUCAAUCCAAUACUCAAAUGAAGAAGAAACGAUCGUUCAAACGUAAAUUUAAGUGGAUUUUUGGGCCAUGUGGAAAGUGUAGCGAUCAGAGGAAUAAUAGUAGCAUUGGAGAGCAAUACAGUCAGACUCCAUUAUUGGACUCGUUGACGUCUGAUCAUAAGUUACGUUUCACAGAUAACAGCAUUACGUCAUAAAUUUAUUAUUUUUUUCGUUGGUAUUAACGUUGUUUUAUUUGAUAUUUAUUUUUUAAGUUUGUCUUUUUUUCGAUUUGUAAGUUAAUCAGUUAUUUAUUUUUUGGUUUGAGUCUAAAAUGGCCUUAAUGUUAAGUUUAAACAAAAUUUAAUUUAAUUCAUUGAGCAUUCAUUUUUUUUUUGUUUUAAAUAUUAUUAUUAAUUUAAAGCAGGCUUUAAAAUAAAAUUCAA